CAUUUUUUAUAUCUACCGGGGGAUAUCGUAAAGGGAGGAGUAUUCACUGUCAUGAAUGCAACGUCUGAUACAGAGACAUUGAAAGACGACGGGACAAGUUUGAAAGACAAAGAGGAGCCGGAUUCGGAUCCGUGGGCGAUUCCACAAUUGGUCAGUCAGGGAAAAUCGUGGCGACAUCUUGAUAGAAAUGAGAAGUGUAAGAGAGUUCUGUGGUCAUGGAUAUGUAGGCCUCUGUUGCUACUCGGUUGCCUCUACAUGUUCAUAUGUUCUCUCAGUCUUCUCGGCUCGGCCUUUCAACUGCUUGGUGGAAAACUUGCAGGAGACGCGUUUCAAAACAAUCAAAUUAUUUCCAAUCCGAUAGCAGGAGUAAUGCUUGGUAUCUUAGCCACAGUUUUGGUUCAGAGUUCAUCGACGACCACAUCCAUUAUUGUGGCUAUGGUAUCUAGUGGAAUUUUGAAUGUUAAACAAGCAAUUCCUAUCAUUAUGGGUGUCAAUAUAGGAACAUCAGUGACUAACACGUUUGUAUCGUUUGGUAAUGCCAAAAACCGAGACGAGUUUCGUCGUGCAUUUGCGGGAGCAACGAUUCAUGACAUGUUCAAUUUCUUAUCUCUGAUCACACUUCUGCCUAUUGAACUAGCAAGCAGCUAUUUGUAUCGACUGACUAGAGCAAUCGUUGAUAGUUAUCACUUGGAGGGAGACGGAGGAGGAAAUGUUGAUUUACUUUCAACUAUUACGAAGCCGUUUACUGAGAGAAUCGUCAUAUUGAAUUUGACACGUUUGGAACAAAUCGCGUCAGGAAAUUCAACUGUUUCUGGCAGCCUGAUUGUUGAUCGUUGCGGUGAUAGUCGGUGUGAAUUCUUGUUCUAUGAUGUUGAUCUUAGUGAUUCAGUGGUAGGCGCUGUUGUGCUGGUUAUUGCAUUGAUCAUGCUGUGUGGGUGUUUGAUCUUGAUUGUCAAGUUGCUGCAGUCGAUGCUUUACGGUCACUUGGCUUUUGUGAUACGGAAAGCUGUAAAUGCGGACUUUCCUAAACCGUUUGGGUUUUUGACAGGCUACGUUGCAAUUGUCAUCGGAGCUGGGAUCACAAUGCUAGUGCAGUCUAGUUCUGUGUUUACGUCCACAUUGACUCCUCUCGUAGGUGUCGGUGUGGUGACUAUAGAACGGAUGUUUCCAUUGACAUUGGGAGCCAAUAUCGGAACGACCAUCACUGGCAUUCUUGCUGCACUGGCGAGCAAGGGAGACUUCCGGCAUGCUCUCCAGAUUGCAUUGUGUCAUCUGUUUUUCAAUAUAUCUGGCAUUUUGCUCUGGUAUCCAAUCCCCAAGUUAAGAAAAGUGCCUAUUUGUUGUGCUCAGUGGUUGGGAAACACGACUGCUCGGUAUCGUUGGUUUCCAAUCUUUUAUGUGAUAUUGGUCUUCUUUUUCAUACCGGGCAUUUUGUUUGGGCUGUCACUUGCUGGCUGGUACGUCUUGGUUGCUGUUGCAGGUCCAGUCGUAGUCAUUGCAGUAUUUAUUAUUUUGGUCAAUACACUGCAAGACAAGAAGCCUCAUUGGCUUUCGACUCGCCUUCAAUCGUGGGAUUGGCUUCCAUUGUGGAUGCACUCUUGGGAUCCAUUGGAUCAUUUGUUGGUGCGAUGUGGUGCCAAACUAAAGUCGUUCUGCAAUUGCACAGUCUGCAAGAGAAUGAAACACAGUGCCAGUCCGUAUGACAUCUUGCCAGAGGAUGGACAGGAUGAAGCUUUGAGUGGUGCAAGAAAUCAGACAUACACGACUAAAUUGUGACUUGCAUUAAUUAAUAUUUAUGAUAUGGUAGUAUUCUAUGACUGAUGUUUUGUUUUAUUUGUUUAUGAUCAGUUAUUUAUAUUUGAUUAGCUAAGUAUCCUGUUCUUUAAAAGAGAAAGAAAAUAUACUAUUUUGAGAUUA